GUUGUUGUUGGGUCGCGGGAACGCGCUCGCCCGUUAUGGAAGAAGACGGCGCUCGGGCGCGCGGCUGAUCCGAACCGCCGCCGCGGCACCAGGACCGGAGCCAGGACCUGGACCCAGGAACCGGGACCAGCAGCGGAACCAGCACCAUGUUCGCCGUGCGCCUCGUGAGCGCGGACUACUACCUGGCCCGGCCCGGCCCGCUGGACGUGCUCUGGUCGGAGUUCCGCGGCAGCGCCGUCAGCGCCGUGCCGGUGGUGCGGAUCUUCGGAGCCACGCCGGCGGGCCAGAAGACAUGCCUCCACCUCCACGGCGUGUUUCCGUACAUCUACGUGCCCUACGAUGGCGCCGGGCAGCAGCCGGAGCGCUACCUGCGGCAGGUGGCCUUCAGCAUCGACCGGGCCCUCAACGUGGCCAUGGGAAACCCCGCCUCCAGCGCCCAGCACAUCUUCAAGGUGGUGCUGGUGUCCGGCAUGCCCUUCUACGGUUACCACGCCCAGGAGAAGCACUUCAUGAAGAUCUACCUGUACAAUCCUCGCAUGGUCAAAAGGGUGUGCGAGCUGCUGCAGAGCGGAGCCGUCAUGAACAAGACCUACCAGCCCCACGAGGGCCACAUCCCCUACCUGCUGCAGCUCUUCAUCGACUACAACCUGUACGGCAUGAACCUGGUCCACCUGAGCGCCGUCAAGUUCCGCAGGAGCCAGAGCAAAGACGGAGAUCAGACAGCUUCCAGCUGUCGUCCCGGCAACAGCCCCUGGAAAAGCCCCUGCACCAGCAAGCUGAGCAGCAGCAGCGCCCUGGGGGGCUCGGCGGUCCGCUGGGACGAGAACGCGUUACCCUGCUCGCUGGUCCUGGAGGAGGUGGGGAGGCAGAGCACCUGCGAGCUGGAGGUGGACGCCGUGGCCGUGGACGUCCUCAACCGCCUGGAUAUUGAAAAUCAGAUCGGCAGGAACCCGGGCCUGCAGGCCAUCUGGGAGGACGAGAAGCAGAGGAGGAGAGAGGCGGACCGGUCCUCCCAGAUAGAACCCCCGGAGUCACAAGACCGCGGCUCGGUGGCCUCGACGGAGAGCGAGAAGGUCUUCAUGAAGAGGGUGAAGGAGAUCCUGAAGGACAACGAGUUGGACACGACACAAGAUCUGUCUGUGGAUGAAGACGCAGAGGAGUUCUCUGGUGACCUGACGCUGCACCCCGACCCCCCGGCCCCCGACGCGCUGCCCUGCACCCCCGCCAACGCCGUGGAGAAGCACCGGGACGCCCAGCCAGACUGUGUGAGGAGCAGCGGGAAAGUCGCAGACGAGGCCGUGGUGGACGAGGAGGCCAUCCUGGGCCUCCUGGAGAGCACCCAGACCUUCCUCCCUUUCUCCCAGACCUCCAACCACCCCCCCCUGCUGGACGGCAGCCAGGACUACACCCUGGUGGAUCUGCUGGCCGGCUUAGAGGACGACGGUUUCCACGGGCCCCCGGCCCCCCAGAGCUCCCAGUCCGGCUCCAGGGGCUACCACUGCAACAGCGACGAGGAGGAGGCGUCCCCAGAGCUGGACCAGGAGGAGGCGGAGCUGAGUGCCGUGAUGUCCCAGCGCUGGGACGCCGAGCGUCCCGGGAGCUCCACGCUGAGGCGCGGCCUGAAGGAGGCGGAGGACGGAGACACGGACGACCACCAGGAGUCCUCCGACGAGGACAUGGAGUGGAGCGGGAACUCUCUGUUCGCCAACCUGUCCAUCCCCCAGCUGGACGGAGCGGCUGACGAGAGCAGCGAUUCGUCCCUGACGGACAGCGGCUCCAUGUCCCAGUCGUCUCUCAUGGGGAGCAGGAACCCCUUCGCCGGGGAGACGGUCCACUUGGAGCCGCCGUCCCCCACCAAGAUCCUGGUCGAGUGCCAGCACCCCGAGCUCCGCGCGGCUCACGCGCUGGACUCGGACCCGCCGCGGGACAAGCUCCUGGACGGCGGCAGCGAGUGCUCGGCGGGGUUCAAGCUGAACACCGAGCUUCCCUACAUCCUGCCGGUGAAGCACCCCACCCCCUGCAAGGUGGCCAGUCACCCCGAGGUGCCCCCCAUCGGCAUGGACAAGGAGGACAUCCGGCCCCUGUACCCGUACGACAAGAAGACGUCCCUGCCCCUGGACGAGACGGAGCUGGAGGGUUUCCCCUUCGGCCCCGGGAAGAACAGGAAGCGCUACGGCGGCAUGACGAGCGUGGAGACCAACCGCCUGUCCAUCGUGCAGAACUGCAGGACCUUCUCCCUGUGCUACUCGGAGCUGAGGAACUGCUCGGCCAAGACGGACAUGGACCUGAGCCCCGGCGUCGACGCGGCCCCGUCGCCGUCCAGGGAGGACGAGUUCCUGGACCCGCGGGGGGACCACAUGGGCCAGAACAGCGAGGAGGGGGACGUGGGGGAGCUCAAGAUCAGGUACGAGGACUAUCAGGAGAACAAGACGGAGAGGACCAUCGUGGCCCAGCAGGAGGCCCACUACAAGUUCUUCCCCAGCGUCAUCCUGUCCAACUGCCUGGGCAGGAAGAAGGCCGGGGGCAAGAAGCCGGGGGGCGACCCGGGCAGCCGUCCGGAGCUGUCCCCGUCCCGCAGGGCCAAGCUGAAGGCCGGGAGGAAGAGGCUGGGGAUGGCCGGGCCGAGGAGCAGAGGCACGCCCGGGCUGGACGGCUCCACCUCGGAAAGCAGUCCGGCUCCGGCAGACGGGGACGAGCCGGAGACACGGGCUCGACCCACGGAAGAGCCAAGUGUGGAAGCAGAGCCGGUCCUAGCAGAGGAAACGGAACCGGACCCUCAGAACUCUGCAGCUGACUGCUCUCUUCCUGAGGAGCCCAGAGACUCGGAGGGUCAGCUGACCCCGGCGCCCGAGCCGCCGCCCGCUACACUCGGCGGCACCAAGCCGUCGCCGGCGCUGCCCGGGAGCAAGUACACCCUCAGGGCCAAGCGGAAGAUGAACUACGACGGAGAGGAGGGGGAUCCCCCCGGAUCCAGCUGUCCUAAAACGCAGGGCUCCGCCAAGGACCGGCCGAAGGGCGGCGCCGCACCCAGCGGGCCGGAACCAAAGUACCAGAAACGACGCAAGAAGGAGCCUCCCGUCAUCAUAAAGUACAUCAUCAUCAACAGGUUCAAGGGGCAGAAGAACAUGCUGGUGAAGAUGAGCAAGGUGAGCGCUGAGGAGCCGCUGGUGCUGCUGACACCCGAGAAACUGGAGCAGUACUGCAAACGGGCCCCGCUCAAGGACUUCUGGCCCAUGGUUCCGGAGUCCCCGGCGGCCGUGUUCCCCGUCAGCGAGCCCAAGGCCAGGAAACAGGCCAAGAGGAAGGUCAAGGUCAAGGUCAGCAGCGCCGGUAAGAAGACGCCCGACAAAGCCGCCGCCAAACCUCGGAUCAAACGGGCCAAACGAGUCAAAAAGGCUGGAUCCGGCCCUAGAGGCCCGGUUCUGGGCCCGGUUCGGCCCUCCCUCCCGCCCCCCGGACCCUGUUAUGGUGAGCUGGCCGACGACCACGAUCGCAGCUACGCCGAUGUCAUGGUGGAGCUGGGCUACCUGUCCGACCGGUCCUGCAGCCCCGCGGAGUGCACCCCCCCGCGCUGCUGGUCCCCCAGCGCCCCCCUGGCUGACACGGGUCCGGAGCCCCUGGGGGACCCCUCCCUCAGCGACCCCCGCCUCAGCUCUGCCUCCCACAAGCCCCAGAGGAGGCGUCCCGCCACCACCCAGAGGAGGAGGAGCAGCAAGUCUGGCGCCGGGCCCCCGGAGCCCCCGGAGCCCCCAGGGGAGAGGCCCAGGAAACGGGGCGCUGCUCCCAAGCAGGCGAAGAGAGCUCAGAGUCCAAAAACGCCAGCAAAGCCGAGGAGGCCCGGUAAGAAGAGGACGAGCCAGCUGAAAGGUCACGACCCGGGUCAGGACCCCCCCCAGGACGGGUCGGCUCCGUCGCAGGGCUCCCCGUCUCAGCGGCCGCCUGGCCAGGACCAGGGCGGCCAGGGUGGGUCCCAGACUGCCCCCGGGCCCCGGUCCGUGAGGCCCAAGGUGGAGGACUGCGAGACCUCCAUCAUGGAGGUCAACCAGAGCCUGCCGGCCCCGGCCCAGACCAAGCAGCAGGGGUGUCAGACGGCCGCGGUGAAGCUGGAGGCGUCGCAGGACAAGUGCUCGGCCAGCCCUCCGUACGCCCCCCCACACCCGGGCCCUCAGAACGGGCAGCCCCCGCCCCUCCCAGGGGCCUCCUCCGGCCUGGCCGUGCUCAAGCAGCUGCUGCAGAAGAGGCACCAGGGCCGGGCGCUGCCCCUGCAGGUGGUGGGGGGCGAUGGCCACGCGGCCUCCACACCCGCCCAGUCCAGGCGCGCCCCCUCCACCUCCCCCCGGAAACCCCGGGCCCCCAGAUCCGCAGUUCCCAAGGACAAGAGGCCCCGGAGCAGGAAGGUGAAGAGGAGCAGCACGCAGCCCACGCCCUCGGUGAAGCAGGACGGCCACGCGUCGGACGACUGCCCCUUCUUCCUGUCAGACCCGGAGCUGGACAGCUGCACCUUCAUCGAGGACAGCCUGUCCCCGGAGCUGCCCCACAGCUACACCUUCGACAUCAACACCAUCCACCAGGCCGACUUCUCCAGCCCCUACAGCGGCAGCCAGUUCGUGCUGACGGACAAGCACCUCCCGCUCAAGUUCCUGAGCGACGUGAGCCACGAGGCCGGGGAGCCCCCCCAGAACCAGCAGAGCUCCUCCCAGAGGGGCCCCGAGGGCGUCGGCCCCGCCAGCCCGGACCUCUUCCACAGGUCCCAGGACGGGGAGCAGACGUGGGGCCGGGAACCGGCCGGCUCCGACGGGCUGGAGCUGCCGUUCAGCCAGUCCCACGUGUCCAGCCCAUUCCAGGACUUCCACUGCGAGAGGAAGGAGCUGUUAUUCUCGGCGCUGGACCCAGUGCUGCCGCUGCCGCUGAGCUCCGUGUCGCUGGUGGAGCACGAGGGCUCGCCCUCCAGCGAGCUGGACGGGCUCACGUCCACCACGCCCAGCAGCUCGCCCCGCUCCGUCUGCUCGUUGUCGCAGGGCCGGGCCGGCCAGCUGCAGCGGGGCCCGGCGGGGGGGGCCCACAUCCUCAAGCCCCUCAUGUCCCCCCCUAGCCAUGACGAGAUCCUCAGCACGCUGCAGGACCUAGACAUGUCCGAGGCCACGUUCCUGGAACCCUUCUGCAGCGACCCCGCCGACGUCCCGGAGAAACCCAGGGAGGUGGGCGGCCGUAAGCUGACGGUGGGGAGCAGACUGGUCCAGGAUCUGGCAGAGUUCAGCGGAGACCUGUCUCUGGAGGGCCUGCGCUUCUGGAAGACGGCCUUCGCGGCCAUGACCAACCCCGCCGGCGUGGCCCCGUCGUCCCCGGGGGCCGGCGGGGCGCCGGACCCGCCGCUCCACCCACAGCUCCACCCGCCCUCUGCCAGCAACAGGAAGGUGGUGCUGCUGCCCUGCAGGAUCCCCCCCAGCCAGCAGCGCGUGCAGCUCUGGCUGGAGGCCCGGAAACAGUACGAGAGUCUCCAGAGAGGCAGGAGGGAGGUUAACCUGGAGGAGGGAGACCCGAGGAGGGCGGAGCCGCCCCAGCAGAACAGAAACCUCUCCGGCGUCAGGACGCCCAGGAGGAAGAAACUCAACCUGUCCCUGAUUAUUUCCCCGCUGGCCAAACCCGGCUCGCCAUGCCCGUCCACAGAAGCCAGUCCGGUUUCAGACCUGGGCAGCGCGGCUCCUGAUGAAGUCCCGGAGACGCCGUCCCCAGAGUCCCCAGAGCUGCCCCCGUGGCAGCCCAGCUCCUCGGACCCAGGCCGGCCGGGCACCAGGCCGGCUGAGAGCUCAGCAGAACCUCGGCCCUCCGGCGUGUCUGGACCCCAGGGGGGGCCGGGGGGGCCCUGCAGCCCCUGCAGCCCCCGUAGCCCCUCGUCUCUCUGUGACAGUGAUGGGGAGGACCAGGGGCUCCUUCACAGCACCCCCUUCCUGAGCAGGCGGCGUCGCUGCAAGGAGGACCCGGACCCGCUGUGCAGCACCCCCAUCGCUGGAGAUGACCCGGUAGCUGAGAGACUCCAGCAGAGGAGGAGGAGCCAGGCCGACCCGCUGAGGAGAGUGCUGCUCACCACGCAGAUGAAGAACCAGUUCGCUGCCUUGAAAGUGCCAAAGAAAGACGACUCCCAGAUCGAAGGGCCCAGUAUCGCCGACUCGUACGGGUUUAAAGUCAGCAUGCAGAACCUGCAGGACGCCAAAGCUCUGCAUGAGGUCCAGCACCUCACACUGAUGAGCCUGGAGCUGCACGCCAGGACCCGCCGUGACCUGGAGCCGGACCCGGAGUUCGACCCCAUAUGUGCCUUAUUCUACUGCCUGAGCUCGGACGCGCUGCUGCCGGGCGACGGCGGCCAGGACGGCGGCGCCCGGCUGACCGGCGCCAUCGUGGUGGACCAGGACCACGGAGGACACGGCCCAGGUUGCAGCGAGACGGCGCCCCUGCUGGUCAGGUCCGGCGUCUCCGGGCUGCGGGUGACGUACGCCGCCGAGGAGAAGGUGCUGUUUGAGGAGCUGGUGGCGGUCGUGAGGAGGUUGGACCCGGACAUCCUGGUGGGCUACGAGGUGCAGAUGCGCUCCUGGGGCUACCUGCUGCAGCGCGGAGCCGUGCUCGGGGUGGACCUGUGCCAGCAGCUGUCCAGGGUGCCAGGUGACUCCAAAGAGAACCGCUUCUCUGCAGAGAGGGACGAGUACGGAGCCGACACCAUGACUGAGAUCAACAUCAUCGGCCGCGUCACCCUCAACCUGUGGAGGGUGAUGAAGAGCGAGGUGACGUUGAACAACUACAGCUUUGAGAACGUGGCCUUCCACGUGCUCCACCAGCGGUUCCCCCUCUACGCCCCGCGCACGCUGUCCGACUGGUUCGACCACAAGACUCACCUACACAGGUGGAAGGUGGUGGACCACUACGUCAGCCGUGUGUGUGGCACCAUGCAGCUGCUGCAGCAGAACGACAUAAUCGGCAAAACCAGCGAGCUGGCCCGGGUGUUUGGGAUUCAGUUCCUGCAUGUUCUGACCCGAGGAUCGCAGUACCGAGUAGAAUCCAUGAUGCUGCGCGUGGCCAAGCCCCUGAACUACAUCCCCGUGACGCCCAGCGUGCAGCAGCGCGCCCAGCAGAGGGCGCCGCAGUGCAUCCCCCUGGUGAUGGAGCCGGAGUCCCGCUUCUACAGCAACUCGGUGGUGGUCCUGGACUUCCAGUCGCUCUACCCGUCCAUCGUCAUCGCGUACAACUACUGCUUCUCCACCUGCCUGGGCCACGUGGACAGUCUGGGAACUCCUGACGAGUUCCGGUUUGGCUGCACCUCCCUUCGGGUCGCUCCGGAGCUGCUGUACCGGCUCCGUAACGACAUCACCGUGUCUCCCGGCGGCAUCGCCUUCGUCAAGGCGUCGGUGCGGAAGGGCGUCCUGCCCAGCAUGCUGGAGGAGAUCCUCAACACCAGGAUCAUGGUGAAGCGCUCCAUGAAAGCCUACAAGGACGACAAGGCUCUGACGAGGCUGCUGCACGCCCGGCAGCUGGGGCUCAAGCUCAUCGCCAACGUCACCUUCGGCUACACCGCCGCCAACUACUCCGGACGCAUGCCCAGCGUGGAGGUGGGGGACAGCAUCGUGCACAAAGCCAGGGAGACCCUGGAGAGAGCCAUCCGGCUGGUCAACGACACCAAGAAGUGGGGAGCCCGCGUGGUGUACGGAGACACGGACAGCAUGUUCGUGCUGCUGCGAGGAGCCACCAAAGAGCAGGCCUUCCGGAUCGGCAGCGAGAUGGCUGAGGCGGUGACCGCCACCAACCCCAAACCGGUCAAGCUCAAGUUUGAGAAGGUGUACCUGCCCUGUGUGCUGCAGACGAAGAAGCGCUACGUGGGCUACAUGUACGAGAGCCUGGACCAAAAGGAGCCCGUGUUUGACGCCAAAGGCAUUGAGACGGUGCGCCGUGACGGCUGCCCCGCCGUUUCCAAGAUCCUGGAGCGCUCCAUCAAGCUGCUGUUCGAGACCCGGGACAUCAGCCAGGUGAAGCGCUUCGUGCAGCGCCAGUGCCUGAAGGUUCUGGACGGCCGGGCCAGCAUGCAGGACCUGACCUUCGCCAAGGAGUACCGGGGCAGCGGCUCGUACCGGCCCGGGGCCUGUGUGCCGGCGCUGGAGCUCACCAGGCGGAUGAUGGCGUACGACCGGCGGCUGGAGCCGCGCGUGGGCGAGCGGGUUCCCUACGUGGUGGUGUACGGGCUGCCUGGCGUGCCCCUGAUCCAGCUAGUGCGCCGCCCCCCGGAGGUGCUGCAGGACCCGGCCCUGCGCCUCAACGCCACUUACUACAUCAGCAAGCAGAUCCUGCCGCCGCUGGCCCGGAUGUUCCAGCUGGUGGGGGUGGACGUGUUCAGCUGGUACCAGGAGCUGCCCCGGGUCCAGAAGGCGUCCUGCUCAGCGGGGGGGGACCAGGGGUCCAGGAAGGGGACCAUCUCCCAGUACUUCACCACGCUGCACUGCCCCGUGUGUGACGAGCUGACCCAGCUGGGCGUGUGCUGCCGCUGCCGGGCCGACCCCCAGAGGGUGGUGGUGACGCUGCAGCAGGACCUGGGGGGCUGGGAGAGACAGCAGGACACGCUGCUCAAGAUCUGCCGGAGCUGCAGCGGCGGUGCUGAGCGGACGGUGCCCUGUGUCUCUCUGGACUGUCCCGUCCUCUACAAGCUGUCCCGGGUCAACAGGCAGCUGUCCAAGGCCCCGUACCUCCGCCAGCUGCUGGAGCAGUUCUGACCCGGUGCUAACAGCCGUCCCCCCUCCGCCUCAUUCCAGCGUCCCGUCCGUCCAGCCCUUUCAAUGGUGCUCUGACCGAAUGCUGUCGGGUUGUGGUUCUGCGUGUCCGAGUGCUGUUCCUGGCCGUCUCUGCGACCCGUCUCUGUGACCCAUCUCUGCGACCCGUUUCUGCGACCCGGGCGUACCGGGCCACGGUGGAACCGGGCCACGGUGGAACCGGGCCACGGCUCAGACUCAGGUCCACAAAAACCAGGACUUCCAACCACUAGCGUUGCUCCUUUUCUAUUGACUAUUCUUUGAUAAACUUACUGUACAGAUCCAUCCCAUAAACCACCGAGCAUUAACGGACUCUGGUCCCGGAUCCAGGACUUGAUUCUGGUCCCGGGUCCAGGACUUCUCCGGCCCUGUUGAAAGGGAGUCUGCUCUGAUUGUACCGACGUCCUCACCACACUAUCAGUUUCUUUAACGUGGGACUGUUGCAAUACUUACUUUGAUAAUUUAUGCCAUGCAGAGUCUUUUAUUUCCUCGUGAGGUUUUUAUGUCCAUGUCCAGUGUCCCGUCUCCAGACUUGACCCAGACGUGACCCGCGGGUCCCCACACGGGCGGCUGGAGGAGGUUGGUGUUCUGCCCGUUUUUAUUGGACGUUGCUGUGGUCGCAGAGUUGAGAUUGAUAUAAUAAAAGUCUGUAUUCCAA